AUGAGAAUCAUGAUUCGGGGGCUUUGGCUGGCAAUCGUCUUUACUUUAGCGUCUUACGCUUAUUCUCAAAUGACUUGGACCCCGAUCUUUGUCAGCGGUGAGAGUCAAGUGGAUUUUUGGACCCAGAGUGAAACCGGGUGUGCUUGCAGCUUCAAUUCAUCAAGCAAAAAUUGCGCGUGUUGCGUACUAUCAGGAGGAUGUAGCUGUGGUAGCGCCAUGCCUAAGCGAUGUGCUCAGUGUGGCUUGGAACAAUAUUGUACAAACAUGUGUAACAUAACGUUAGAUAGCAAACAACUUUUGAGAAAGUCUAAUCGGGCUUUUGGCCAGAUAAAAUCACUAUCGGUAAUAGGACCAACUGAGUGCUUUUACAGGUUUAUCCCGGAUAUUGGUCAACGAGUUGAAUUACAAAUCUAUCGUUUAAUCUCCAUUGGACGUCACAAUGGAACGGCGUGUGAGGGUGGCUGGCUCGAACUGGAAGGCGGUGCCCGUAUUUGCGGUUCUAAUGUUCGAUUCGAUCGACCCGUGGUGCUUUUUUCCGACAAAAGUGAAGCAACACUACGAAUGCAAAUUCACGAGAACACUACGAGAUCGCAAUUUUUAGCAUAUUUUAGUUUUGCCUCGAAAGCAAGCACGUCCGUUGGCUGGCCGAUGAGAGGAGGAAAAGUUAUUAAUAAUACGGAUUGUGAUUGGAUCUUCGAGGAUUGUUUGAACACAGAUUGCAUUUUGGCGAGUCCCGCCUAUCCAGGGCUUUACCCGGCAAAUAUACGAUGCCGCUAUCUCAUCAAGUCAAAUAUCACAGUAUCAAUUACACUUGCAUUUAACUCCUUGCUUCUAUCUUUCAAUCACUGCACCGAUGAUUAUGUCGCCAUUUACGCAGGCCCCACCGUCUCGAGCACAAUGCUUAAGAAGUUAUGCAAUAAUGAGAAGAUGUCUAUUGUUCACGUCGGAACUGAGCUACUCGUGGAGUUUAAGUCAGGCUCGGAGAUGUCACCGUUCAACUACAACGGAUUUUCUGCUCAAGUUACUGAUUUGCGAAGCAACUCUGUGGUCGGGAGCAGUACAACCGCAGCGGGCUGCGAUCUUGAAAUAGAUGGCAACAAGUCGAGAUUUGGUCACUAUAAUACAAGAGGAAAGAUUCAAUCUGAUAGUUGUCACUUUGUUCUAAGAGGGAGAAUUCACGACACGGUUCAUAUCCUUUUGAUCAGUUACAAUCUGAGUGCUCCAUCGUGCAAGACAGUGAUUGAGAUCUGGGACGAUGGGAGUCCGGGGGAGGACAAAAACCUUAAAAAUAUAAAAAAGAUCUGCAGUCCAGUCCAAACAGUUAAACGGCCACGACAAUUCAAUCAUUCUGAAAGGUACAGUGAACCGGAGCAUUAUUCAUCAACCGGGCGUGAAUUGACGAUUGUUUUUAAACGGACGGACAACAAAACAGACGACCAACAAUUCGUCGAGUUCUCUUAUUACUUUCAUGAUGAAGGGGAAGGAGGUACUUUACGGCCCUCGAGCACUUGCGAUGUUGAAUAUUACGGGUUGAGUUCAUCAAGAGUAGGACAGCUGACCAAUCCAAUUUUUAAGUUUUUUACAACACAAGAUUACAUUAAAUGCAAACAACAUUUCAUACCAGCGACUAAUCAAUCAGUCGUUUUAACGGUGGACAACGGUAUCACUAAUGAAUCAUCAAAUAAAUCCUGUAAUACACUUUGUGGCGAUAACGGUUGCCAUUGUGUCAGUGAUAAACAUCUCGACGAAAUAAAUCAUGUUAAACUAGUCUCCGAGCCGAACAAUGUUGUCAUCUGUUUGUGUGGAAAUUACGAGAAUUGGCUUCCACUUACGAUACGGGGCUGGAGUCCUCUUUACAUCGAGUGGUCGCGAUCCUCUGGAACAGAUCUCAAUGUAAAAGCCGCAUACAAGUUUAUCGAAGACACUUACUGCGGUGAUCACUCGACAACUCAACUGGAGGGUAUCGUUAAAGCUGGCGAUUUGACAAGUAACGCAAUAUCCAAUCAAUACUACCAGCAAAAAUGCACAUGGAUUUUGGACUCUACGAUUGAUCGGCAAUUAACUGUCGAGGUCGAAUCGUCGCAGGACCGACCGUGCACGUCAUGGAAUUUAACUAUACAUGAAUAUACUAGAAGUGCAAAUCCACUUGAGAGUACAGAGUAUUUAUAG